GAUUGAAGUAAGUAAGUUUGACUACCAAAAGGUAGGGAGCCAGCAAGGAAAGGCGGUUCAGAGUAAAUCUGUGGCGUUGCCUUGUGUUUCUUUGCCCGGCAGUAGGCAGCUGUGGAGAAUCUAAGCACCAGAACGUGCCAGCUGCGAUCAGGAUCUUCUUAGACGGCCAGGUCAAUGUGGUGAUGGCUGUGACCUCAUGGAGGUGAAUCAGUUGAUCCCGAGUAGAGUGCCUGUGUCUUUUCAACAGUCAGUGAAGCCCUAUCGAUAGAACAGCAAAAUGGCUAGCAGAGGGCAUCUCCUUGGAGAUAAGACAACAAACACAGGCACUGGCAGCAACUCGUCCCUCACCCGUAAUGCUCCAGGCCGGCAAAGUCUUCGAAAGAGGAUUUGGAAAUCCAUCCGUCCACGCAGGACCUCUCCAUCGAGAGGUGAGGAUACGAACGGUGGAAUUCCUAAGAGUAAGAGUCCCAAAAGACAACAGUACAGUCCAGGCGGUACUGAUUCUGCAAGUGGCUCAUUUUUCCGAUCCAGGAGUGAGUCUACAUCGCCUCGAUCAGCAGCACCGUCUGAUUAUCGUCUCUUCACGAAUCAAAAAAGUAAAACUGCCAGUUUGGAUCGAGUCUCGGCCAGGACAUUACCCACUGACGAGAAGUAUCACCAACGAGACCCGUCAGUUGCCGACACAGAGCCCUUGCCUGCUAGGAAGCUGACCCGGAGCAGGAGCUUGCGAGAACGCACUGGCAGAAUGCUCAGCGCCGUCAGGCGAGGAGGUCGAGUGGAUCUUCACAGACGUGGUAAUGCAGAACAAGACUCUGUCAGUCCUAGCAAGAGACAAGGCAUUGAUGAUGCCGAUGUUCAUUGUGGCGGAGAUGUCGCGGAUGGCCAGCACGCGCAACUAAAUGGACUCCAAGCAUCGGGCGACCUAGCCAAAGUGAAUUCUUUGCCUGAGACAUGUCCAUCUAUAGUAGUAGUGCCUGGCCAGGCCAGCAGUAAGACGGAAAGGAAGUCACUCACAUUGGUUGAUACGCAGCCACCAGCUACGGCACUGUUGCAUCCUAUGGAUUUGGAGCGGAUAGCUGAUUCGGGCGAGGACAAGUUCAAUAGUUCCUUCUUUGUGGACGACCAAGGCAGCAGCGACAGUGCAAAGAUGAACAGCUCUGUGUCACUUGUGCCCUCGCGCUCAGCAUCUACGUCCGAAUCGCUUGUCCAUUCGCCAAGCACUGUGGCAAUGAGGCAAACGUCGAACGGCGCACAUGGUGUGACUGGAUUUAUUUCGAAGAAGUGGAGAAGCAAACUGAAGCUGUCAGGCAGCGGUGUGCCACCAUCUCUUGUUCUCUGGUCUCCGGCUAAGGGUGAAUGUGAAUGGCAGUCGCUUAGUGGCCGUUCCCUGACGAUGGUGGACACGGAGGUUUCAACACUGUCCGAACCCGAGCGCUACCUGCUGCAGAAAGUAGCCGUUGAAGAAGCAGAUCAUUACAAUCUGGGAAGCAUCGGCAUUCCCAGAGAAGAUGGGCGUCAACCAUUGAAGCGGGGCCUAUCCUUCCGAAACCGCCCCAAGACUAGUGCGGUCGAUUUAGUCGAAGGAAAAGGUGGGGCGUCAGCAACUGGAAGUGUAUUUGGUAUACCACUCUCCCAAGUCGUUCUGAACGACCUCACCAUGAAGAAGCCACUGAUGUCAGCAUCGACGCCGCUCUCUGACAAAGUAAAAGGGAGUACUAACAGCUCAGGGGAUGGAGAACAUAGUCAACAGCCGUCUUUAUCCAGCUCGUACGACUCUCUAUCAGACCUGACACAGCUGUCGGAAGCUUCGGCAGUGAAUAGUCCUGAUCAGGCACAGGUUCACAGGCGGUUCCCAACACCGCCGAAUCAUUCACCGGCAGAUCUCGGUAUCGCUCGUUCCGGUGCUCACCGUACAGUCUCACUGCCCAUCAAGGGUGCCGCCGACAGCAAGGAAAGCAUCUUCGCAAACCCGGGAGCAAGAGCGUCGUUCGUCACACACCCACAAAUCCUGGAGCAUGACAUGGAGCCCUGCUUGCCCACGCGCACGUUUUCUGUCGGUAUGGCCGCGGGCAAUAUUGGAAGCACUGCCAAUCGCCCGCCGUACUUUGGCAGGAGGCUGCGUAGUCACGGACAGGUCACACCGCCACCAGACGUCGAGGAGGGCAACCGCCUGCAGGAGACAAUGCACACGCCUCUGUCUGCCGUUGCCGACUCACAGGGCCGCUCGUACAGUGUAGACCGUCUUCUUGAAGCCUUGGUGCUGGACGCCACGCAAUCAGAAGCAAGAUCGCCACGCUUCACAAAGAAAGGAGAAGAGCAGCGACAUUCAGCGGAAAAGAUGACGCUAGAAGCGUUGCUGGCGCCAAGGCCUGCCCGAGUACCUGUUCUCGUGACUGCGGCAAUAGACUUUAUCACGAAAUAUGGUCUGAACAAGGUGGGACUAUUACGCAUGGAAGGUGCCAGGAAGCGGUGCCGACAGAUGCAAGAUGAAUUCGAUGCUGGCUUCGAAAUUCAGUUUUCCAAGGAUGAUCACCACGUGCAUGAUGUUGCAUUCCUGCUCAAGAACUUCUUCCGCGAUUUGCCAGAGCCCCUGCUGACGAGGACUCUGUACCCAGCGUUCCUUGCCAUCACUAAACUGGACAGCAAGGAGAGGCAGCUGCACGUAAUACGUCUUCUUUGCUUCCUACUGCCAGCUGCCAACCGGGACACGCUGAGCGUGUUGUUGCAAUUCCUCCACCUGGUGUCACAACACGCCGAGGACCGAGUGGGCGAAGAUGGAGAAGAGAUUACGGGCAACAAGAUGGACAUCUCCAAUUUAGCACUGCUCAUGGGUCCGAAUAUUCUCCGACCCAACAAGGCAAAGUCCGGAUAUAACGUAGCCAAGCAACGCCAUGAAAAGACAGACAGCAAGCGGCACUUCAUAAUGAUGUUGAUGAUAGAGCACUAUGAUGUCAUUUUCAAGGUAACAAAAGAACUACAUCAUCGUGUCAUGCUUCUGCUGCAAGUCAAGGAGCCCAGCUAUGUUGACUACCUGCUCAAGAAGAAAUGUGUGGAGUUGGGCUUGGACAUAUCAAAGGCAGAAUUCAUUGCCGAGGUCCGACUCGACAGGAAGAAGAGCAAGAGCAAGAGGGGGAGGACGGCAGCAGCAGCAGCAGCAGCAGCAGCAGCGGCGGCAGCAGCAGCAGCUGUUUCCAGUCUGGAUAGAAGUGAUGCCAGCGAAUCAACCAGUCAUGACGACUCUGCUGUUGGUGAAGAUUACCAGCGGCAUGUAAGCAGUGACAGAAGUAGUAGCACCGCCUACAAUGCACAUAAGCUACCUGUAGACACAGACGUGAAUCAGCAGACUAGCAGCAGUCUACCCUCCUGUGUGCCACCAUCACCUGACCUCAAGUACAUGCCAAGCAGUGAGCAUAGCAGUACUGAUGUUACAAUCAACUUAGAAGACGAGGAGUCUGAAACGCACAAGGACGUCGUCAACCACAACAAUCACCGCAACAGUGGUAGCAGCAACAACAACAGGCACUCUAGUACUAGAGGCGGCGAACCCAGCAUCCCGGCACCAUCGACGCAUUCAACAAUACCCGAUGAUGCAAUGCUGGGUUCCACUAAAGUACGUGCACCGUCCAGUGUGUCGCCACGCAGGGCGCCAUACAUCCGCCGGUCGGCCAGCGAGCGCUCUCGUAGUCACAUGAACAGUGACGGAGGGAAGCGUUCCCUCCUCUCCUCAAUCGGACGAAUUCGGCGAAAACUGAGCGUAAAUGAGAACGAUCUAUCCAAGCCCGGUGUGAAUCGCUACCCAUCAUCUGAUCUCAUUGUUUCACCAGCUGCGACAGUUACAACAUCAUCGCCUGCAAACAUGUCUCCCGCCUUAUCCUCUGGAGAAGUGACACCCACGGUGCAGGCAUCUCCUGGUGGUCACAGUAGUGGCUUUGGCCUCUCGAAUUCUUCCGGUGGUGGCCUUGCGGAGAUGGACAAAAUCAUAUCAGAUGAGAAGCCUGCUACUGCUGCCACCCCCUCAUCCAACACCACUACUGCAGAGCAUGAGGACGGUAUGGCUGAGAACAAGCUCGCAGACGAAGAAAGCCAGCUGUCGAGUAGCGAUAGCGAUUCAGGCAGUGAGAGUGAAAGUGACGACGAGGAGCCUUCAGACAGAGCAGCAGAGCCAUCGAGUCAAAAAUCCAAACCUGCACUACAUGUGAAAGAAAGUCACCCACUUUCAAGUCAAAACUUGAACAGAACGUCCUCCUCCCCCGAACUGCUCAUCAAGAGACGACUGAGCAACAACAGACACUUGCGCAAAAAGGACGGUGGAUCACAGUUUCUCACACUCCUGUGCUAUUUUGAGGCAUUGGCUGAGCAGAAGAGACAGCACGUUGAGAGAGAAACCGAGGCCAGGAGAGAGAAGACUCUGGCAUCCGGCCUGGCCUCGCGCCGCAGUAGCCAGGUGCGGACUUUGCCAUCUGGCAGGACAAGCACAGCAAGCAUGGCCGACUCAGUGCGCACCUCUAGCUCUGGAAUCGGCGGCAAUGGAGCCACCACGCCAUCUAGUGCGUCGUCCGGUCUGUGGCAGAGUCGCUCGGCCAGCUUCUCGGUGCGCACCAACAGCACCAGCAACACGGCACAGGUUUCACCAGUAGCCAGCAGUGGUUCUGUGCUGACCGCAGACAGUGGCUGCAGCGCAUGCACCAGUGGCACCAGUCUAGAUAGUAGUAACUUGGAUCUGCCCAGCAGUCCCACGGCUGAAUCACCGCACCUGGCCACCAAGUUUGCCAGCGCUGCGGAUGCUCUCUCAGGCUAUGUGCCGGGUCAUGCUCUUCGUCGAGGAUCUACACCAAUCGAGCAUGAUGGUAGCAGUAGUAGCAGAUUAACACCUGUCAUGCGUAUGCCAUCACCAGCAAUCGUUGGCAUUGAUGAUGAGCCAGACGAGACAGCACUUUGAAUAAAAUUAUUUGCGGGCAAACACACCUUACAAACUCGAAUGAUGGAUGAAGAACACAAAUUCUGACAGGUCUACUAUUACCGAUUCCAGGGAUAUCUCGCGUUUCGGGCUACGGUCACAAUUUACGACUGCACUGGUCCUUAUAACCAUAGAAAAUUAUGUGUGUGUGUGUGUGUGUGUGUGUGUGUGUGCGCACGCAUUACUUGAUUACUAUCAGUUUGAUUCAAUGUGAACUCUACUUUCUAUUCUGCAUCCUGAUUCAGCUGUUGCCAUUGUGUUCCUCUCUCUACUCGUCUCUUGAUGGUUAGAUCCCAAAACCUCCACAGGCAUAUCACAAACUAAGGUAGCAUGCACCCUCUCCUUUCCAGCUACAGGCAUAUCCUCCAAAUUACAUUUGCAGAUCAGCAAUGAGAUUAUCUGAUCACUAGUCAGAGGUUAUGAGACACCCGCCCCGAUGACUGUGCUAAUGUGACAACAAUAUUUCCUGUCCGCCUUGAUCAGCAGUCGAUCUGAAGAAGACCUGCGUCCUCUUAUAAUUCUUGACUCUUUUCUCAUGAAAAUUUCUUAUGAAACACAAGGCGGACUUGGAUGGAUUGUGUGUGUGUGUGUGUGUGUGUGUGUGUGUGUGUGUGUGUGUGUGUGUGUGUGUUUGCAUGCAUGUGGAGGGGGAGGUGCACAGUGGUGUAAUAUUGACAUUUUGUACAAGUACCUUUUUCUAAACAAAAUUAUUUUCAUGUACAGUAAAACCUGUAACUAAAGACCACCGUGA